UGCAAGAACUGCUUCAUCCUCCCAGUCUGUUUGGAGGAAUAAUCUUGACGGACGGGAUGUCGAAUAGCAGCACUGCAUCUAGGUCGAGCAUGUCGUAGGCUAAGCUACCACCUUGGGUCAACUGCCACCUUGUGGGCGAGGCAUGUGAGUCAAUAUAUAUCGAUUAUACUCUCUCACACUUUCUUGCACCAUCUCUGUCUCCAGCAAGAGCUUUCCGAGCCAGUAUGGACAGCAUCUUCAAGUCUCUCACUCUCUUCACGCUUGCAGCGUCUGCCCUAGCUGCUCCGGGCUGGGGUCCUGCUGGCUGGGGACCACCGAGUUGGGGUCAGCCUCCGAGCAACAAUCAGAAUGCCUCUGGUUCUACAAUCGCACCGAAUCCGCGCAAUGGACAGUGGGUGGACACAUGGGCGUCAAUGCCGCAGUUGACGGAGUUUGCAAACCUGCCGCCACCGCCCUUUAACCAAAGCAACCUCGUCUUCCCCAACUCCACCAUCCGCCAAACCCUCCGCGUCAGCCUGCCAGCGCAACAGAUCCGGCUCCGCCUCUCGAACGCCUUCGGUUUGAACGAGUUACCCAUAACCAAAGUCGUCAUCUCCCUCCCCCUCGCCGAAGCCGGGCAAAACCUCACCGGCGCCAGCGGCAUCAACACCACGACCUCGCAAACCCUGACCUUCUCCGGCAACCAAUCCAUCAUCAUCCCCAACGCCGCCCUCGCCGUCUCGGACCCGAUCAACUUCCCCAUCUCCGCCGGCCAGAUCAUAACCGUAAGUAUGUACCUCGCCACCGGCCAAGCGAGCAAUUACAUCACCUCGCACCCCGGCUCGCGCACGCAGAUCUGGAUGAGUUUUGGCGACUACACUCUUGCUCCUAACAUGACCGACCCCAGCACGCAGAGCACGUACCAUUGGUUCUUCAUCUCCGCGCUCGAGGGAUGGAUGCCGCCGCAACGCUCCGCCUUCGCCAUAGUGGGUGACAGUAUCACCGAUGGCCGCGCGAGCUAUAACAACUACAACGGUCGCUGGCCGGAUCUGCUCUUCAACCGCAUGCAGACUUACGCCCCGACCUCCAACAUCGCCAUCGCCAACCAAGCCGCGGGCGGCAACAGAAUCCUCAUGGAUGGCAAUGGUCCCAACGCCCUGGGCCGAAUUGACAGGGACGUGCUCGCGCAAAGCGGGAUCCGGUACGCCAUGAUCUUCGAAGGCGUGAACGACAUUGGUACCGCGGAUAAUACCACGUACAACCAGACCCUCACCGGCGAUCGCAUAAUACAAGCUUACGAGCAGAUGAUCACGCGGGUGCAUACGUUUGGGAUCCCCUUCUUCGGGGCGACGAUCACGCCGUUCGGCGCGCCGAAUAGUAGUAUCCAGGCUUACUCUACGCCGGAGCGCUUGGCGACGCGGGAUCGGGUCAAUGCGUGGAUACGCACGAGUGGGAAGUUUGAUGCGGUGAUUGAUUUUGAUGCCGUGGUUAGGGAUCCGGCGAACCCGGAGCAGUUGAAUCCGAUUUAUAACUCCGGGGAUUAUUUGCAUCCGAAUCAGUUGGGGUAUGAGGUUAUGGCGCGGGCGUUCCCGUUGGAUAUCUUUGAGCAGUAUGCUAGUGGGGUGGAUACUUUUAUGUAGUUGGGCUUAGACAGGCAGCAACGCUACGAAUGAUGAGGUCCCGGUGCGUCUUACAGUCCUGAGUCUAUUGAGUCCAUGUAGAGUUCGCAGGUUGUUGCACUUCACGUAUGA